AUGUCUGCCGAGGAGGAUCUCAUCGACUACUCGGACGAGGAGCUCGAGACCCAGAAGACCACCGCCCCCGCCAACGGCAAGAAGACCGAGGCUGCGGCUGGCGACAGCGUCGAUAAGAAGGGCUCCUACGUCGGCAUCCACUCCACCGGUUUCCGCGACUUCCUCUUGAAGCCUGAGCUGAUUCGCGCCAUCACCGACUGCGGUUUCGAGCAUCCUUCGGAGGUUCAGCAGACAUGUAUCCCCCAGGCGCUUCUCGGAGGUGACAUCAUCUGCCAGGCCAAGUCUGGUCUCGGUAAGACUGCGGUCUUCGUCCUCACAACUCUUCAGCAAGUCGAGCCCGUCGCCGGCGAGUGCUCAGUCCUGGUCAUGUGCCACACUCGUGAGCUGGCCUUCCAGAUCCGCAACGAGUACAACCGCUUCUCCAAGUACAUGCCCGACAUCAAGACCAACGUCUUCUACGGUGGUACUCCCAUCCAGAAGGACGCCGAGAUUCUCAAGAACAAGGACACCCAUCCCCACGUCAUUGUCGGUACCCCUGGCCGUCUGAACGCUCUUGUUCGUGACAAGUACCUGCGUCUGGGCAGUGUCCGCAUCUUCGUGCUCGACGAGUGUGACAAGAUGCUGGACCAAGUUGACAUGCGCCGCGAUGUCCAAGAGAUCUUCCGGGCCACGCCUCAGCAGAAGCAGGUCAUGAUGUUCAGCGCCACGCUUUCCGAUGAGAUCAAGCCCAUCUGCCGGAAGUUCAUGCAGAACCCCACCGAGCACUACGUCGACGAGGACACCAAGUUGACCCUGCACGGUCUUCAGCAGUACUUCGUGCCUCUCGAAGAGCGUGAGAAGAACCGCAAGCUCAACGAGCUGCUUGAUGACCUCCAGUUCAACCAGGUCAUCAUCUUCGUGAAGAGCACCGUCCGCGCGACGGAGCUCGACAAGCUGCUCCGCGAGUGCAACUUCCCUUCCAUCGCGGUUCACUCCGGCGUUAGUCAAGAGGAGCGUAUCCGACGGUACAAGGAGUUCAAGGAGUUCAACAAGCGGAUCUGUGUCGCAACCGACGUUUUCGGUCGUGGUAUCGACAUCGAGCGCAUCAACUUGGCCAUCAACUACGACAUGCCCGCCGACGCCGACUCCUACCUGCACCGUGUCGGUCGUGCCGGUCGUUUCGGUACCAAGGGUCUGGCCAUCUCUUUUGUCAGCCAGGACGUUGACAAGGACGUGCUCAAGGACGUUGGCAAGCGCUUCGAGGUCGCCAUUCCUGAGUUCCCCAAGGAGGGUAUUGACGCCAGCACGUACAUGGCUUCUUGA